AUGCGGCUCGUGGGAACACAGGGGGGUGUCUCUCAUUUCCAUACAGCCGACCCGCCUCAAGUGAAGCCACCGGGAACCAUGCCCCUCACUCUCACUGGGGAUCGGCAGAGGACCAGUCUGAGCGGCUGCGGACUAUUGCUGUUGUGGUGGUCGGAGGUCUGCGUGUUUCUCCUCACAGUAUUCAUGCCGCGGUGUGGUGCAGCAGGAGGAGGGGAGCCCGAGGCCCCGGGCCCCGGGCUGCAGCGCACAGUUCAGCGGGAUAUUGUUGGAGCCUGGGAAAGUGUAGCAGGGAUGACGCCAGACUGUGUUGAGCGGCUUGGGGGGACGUGGAGGAUCCCAGACCCGAUUGUCAUGUAA